AAGCAUUUACAAACGUAUUUCCGUGCGUUUACCGGUUAUUUUCUCUUCUUCUGAAAAAGAAAUCUUGAAUUUGGACUUAUAUCAAAAUUCUCUGAAGGACGACAGCCCUUAAGCAUAGUCACUGCAACAUAAUGGCCCAAGACAAAGAACUUACUAUCCGAAGCUACCAUUUUGUUUGCGUUAUGACCAUAAUCAUUAGAACCAUAAGCCACUGCUCUGAUGAAAGUGAAUUUUCAAUAAACAUUUCAAAAAUAGGCCUUACUCAUGUUCCAAAAGACCUACCACUGAAAACCAAAGCCUUAGACAUAUCUCAAAACAACAUAUCUGAGCUUCGGAUCUCUGAUAUCAGCUUUCUGUCAGGGUUGAAAGUUUUGAGACUUUCCUAUAAUAGAAUCCAGUGGCUUGAUUUUAGUAUUUUCAAGUUCAACCAGGAUUUGGAAUAUUUGGAUUUAUCUCAUAAUCAGUUGCAAAAGAUAUCCUGCCAUCCUAUUGUGAGUUUCAAGCAUUUAGACCUUUCAUUCAACGACUUUGAUGCCCUGCCCAUCUGUAAGGAAUUUGGCAACUUGACACAACUGAAUUUCUUGGGAUUAAGUGCUGCGAAGUUACAGCAAUUAGAUCUGCUGCCAAUCGCCCGCUUGCAUCUAAGUUACAUCCUUCUGGAUUUAGGGAAUUACCGUGCAAAGGAGGCAGAAAGUCUUCAAAUUCUAAAUACAAAAACACUUCACCUUGUUUUUCACCCACAUAGUUUAUUCUCUGUCCAAGUGAACAUGUCAGUUAAUACUUUAGGAUGCUUAAAACUUACUAAUAUUAAAUUGGAUGAUGAGAACUGUGGAGUUUUAAUUAAGUUUUUAUCAGGGCUCACUAGAGUUUCAACCUUACUGAAUUUCACGCUCAACCACAUGGAAACAACUUGGAAAUGCUUGGUUAGAGUCUUGCAGUUUCUUUGGCCCAAGCCUGUGGAAUAUCUCACAAUUUACAACUUAACAAUAGUUGAAAGCAUUGAUGAAGAAGAUUUUACUUAUUCUGAAACAGCAUUGAAAGCUCUCACAAUAGAACAUGUUACAAACAAAGUUUUUCUUUUUUCCCAGAUGGCGUUAUACACAGUGUUUUCUGAGAUGAACAUUAUGAUGUUAACCAUAUCAGAUACGCCUUUUAUACACAUGCUUUGCCCUCAGGCACCAAGCACAUUUAAGUUUUUGAACUUUACCCAGAACGUUUUCACAGAUAGUAUUUUUCAAAAUUGUUUCACGUUAGUUAGAUUGGAGACACUUAUCCUACAAAAGAAUGGAUUAAAAGACUUUUUCAGUGUAGGUCAGAUGACUAAGAACAUGCCAUCUUUGGAAAUACUGGACGUUAGCUUUAAUUCUUUGGAAUCUGAUAGAUGUGAGGAAAACUGCACUUGGGUUGAGAGUAUAGUGAUGUUAAAUUUGUCUUCAAAUAAACUUACUAGCUGUGUUUUCAGAUGUUUACCUCCCAGGAUCAAGGUACUUGAUCUUCACAAUAACAGAAUAGAGAGCAUCCCUAAAGAGGUCACUCUACUGGAAGCUUUGCAAGAACUCAAUGUUGCUUUCAAUUCUUUAACCGACCUCCCUGGAUGUGACACCUUUAGCAGCCUUUCUGUGCUGAUCAUUGACCACAAUUCAGUUUCCCAGCCAUCAGAUGAAUUCUUCCAGAGCUGCCAGAAUAUAAAGUCAAUACAAGCAGGGAACAAUCCAUUCCAAUGUACAUGUGAGCUAAGAGAAUUUGUCAAAAACAUAGGCCAAGUAUCAAGUGAAGUGGUAAAGGACUGGCCUGAUUCUUAUAAGUGUGAUUACCCUGAAAGCUAUAAGGGAACGCCUCUAAAAGACUUUCACAUAUCUGAAUUAUCCUGUAACACAGCUCUGCUGAUUGUCACCAUUGGGGCCAUCAUGCUGGUGUUGGCUGUUACCAUGACCUUCCUCUGCAUCUAUUUGGAUCUGCCCUGGUAUCUCAGGAUGGUGUUCCAGUGGACCCGGACCCGACACAGGGCUAGGAAUGUACCCUUAGAGGAACUCCAAAGAGCUCUCGAGUUCCAUGCGUUUAUUUCAUACAGUGAACAUGAUGCUGCCUGGGUGAAGAAUGAAUUGGUACCUUGCCUAGAAAGAGAAGAUAUACGGAUUUGCCUCCAUGAGAGAAACUUUGUUCCUGGCAAGAGCAUUGUGGAAAACAUCAUAAACUGCAUUGAGAAGAGUUACAAGUCCAUCUUUGUUUUGUCUCCUCACUUUGUCCAGAGUGAGUGGUGCCAUUAUGAACUCUACUUCGCCCACCACAAUCUCUUCCAUAAAGGAGCAAAUAACUUAAUCCUGAUCUUGCUAGAACCUAUUCCACAGAACAUCAUUCCCAGCAAGUAUCACAAGCUGAAGGCUCUCAUGACGCAACGGACUUACCUGGAAUGGCCCAAGGAGAAAAGCAAGCGUGGACUUUUUUGGGCUAACAUUAGAGCCGCUUUUAAUGUGAACUUAAUAUUAGACACUGAAAACGAUGAUGUGAAAACUUAAAAAAUGUCAAGAAAUUCAUUAGCUUGCACUCUGAAGAACACUAUGAUUCUAAGUCACUGUUUAGGGGGACCUAUAUUAUCCCCAUGUCUUCAGGAAAAACUUAAGGAAAACUGUGUUUCAACAGGGGAAUUAGGCGGGGGCAUGAGGUGGUGCUCUACUUCCUAAUGAAAAGCAGCUUAUUCCUUCUUUUUCAAAUUGAGGCAGUCUCUUUUGAGCAAAUUCUCACUCUUUAAAGGGUUCCUCUCUCCUCUCCUUUCCCAAAUGGAUUUUUUGUGAGCAGGAGGAAACAGUUAAUGUGAGAAUCGUAUGCACUGGUCCUUGGAGUGUUCUGUGACUCCUCACUGGGUUCUGGGGGAGCUUUAUCAUUCUGUUCAACUUUGGGGCUUAGGAAAAAGAUUAGCUAUGGGAUAUAAAAAAGUAUUUUGUUUUACAGCUGUGUGAUCAUUUAUUUAAUUUUUUACUCUACUGCACAAAUUACUGUGCUACAAAAUUAACCAGUGGGGAUUCAUGGGAUAAUGAUAUACACAUUAAAGGGCAAUAUGGAUUUAGUUAUAGGAUGUUGAGGUGAAAGAUGUAGAUUUACCUGCUUGCCAAGAAAACUCAGAGCCAAAUUUAUUCGUCGCUGGAUAAUGAUUGAGAAUUUUCUGAUCAUGUUAGAAUUUUGGCUAAAACCUGAAAACUGACCAAGGACAGUAAAUGCUUCUAGAGUUCCAACAGAGAAUGCUAGACACAGCCAGCUGGACUUACCAAGAAAGAGACCAGGUAUUUUAAACCCUAUUCCUCAACUCCAGACGACUAGAUUAAAAAUGGUGAUUAAAGAGUCAUUCAGUGGAAGUUCUAGGCCAGGGAUGUCCAAGUUUUGGCUUCUCUGGGCCACACUGGAAAAAGAAGAGUUGUCUUGGGCCACACAUUAAAUACACAAACACUAACAAGAGCUGAUGACCAGAAAAAAAAGCCUGUGCAUGAUUUUCAUGAUCUCUGCCACCACAAAUAACCAAAAAAGUCCUUACAUGGUAAUCCUAACUAGGCAGCAGCCUGUUUAGAGAGUCUUUUAAAAUGAUUGAGUAGGUCCCAAGUUUGUGAUCACUAAAGUAGAAAGUGUACAUACAUAAGUAAUAAAACAUCUUUUCUUUUGUAUUUUUUAAAUUAUAAAUGUAAAAGAAAAAUGGGCAACAUAAAACUAGUGAAUAUUUGACACUAUUUCAGAAACUAAUGCAUCAGUAUCUUGUUCAAUGGAAGUAGUUGCAAUUCUCAGUGAGUUCUUAAGGUGCUCAUCAGAUAAUUUGGUUCUAAUUUUACUCUUAAUGGUGCUUCAUUCUGGAAAAUAGUUGCUAGCAAAUGUCGGUGUUGCCAAAAAGCAAUAGCAUGAAUAAAGCGUGAUUGUGAAGCGAGGGAUAUUUGUCUCUGGGAAGACAGGACCUAUAAAAGUUUACUAAAGGACCUGAUCACAUUUUUCUUUAAGUUGAAUGUCAGAUUGCAGCUCUAUGCACUCCAUUUGAAAAUUCACAGGUUUCGUAUUAACCUGGAUGGAAGUGGAACACAUUAUUCUUAGUAAAGCAUCACAAGAAUAGAGAAGCAUGAAUCCUAUGUACUCAAUUUUGAUAUGAGGACAAUUAAUGACAAUUAAGGUCAUGGGGAGGGGAGGAAAAGCAGAGAGAGGGAAGGAGGGAGAAGGGUGGGACCUUGGUGUGUGCCACACCUUCUGGGGGCAAGACAUGAUUGCACGAGGGACUUUACCUAACAAAUGCAAUCAGUGUAACCUGGCUUAUUGUACCUUCAAUGAAUCCCCAACAAUAAAAAAAAAAAAAAUUCACAGGUAAUAUAUUUAUGUUGACUGAAAGUUGAAUCACAAAUGCAUCAGAAUAUUGAUUACUUUUCUGGAAAUCUUGAAAUCUGUUUUCAAAUUCUUGUAUCAAAUCAAAAGCAUGGCUGCAUAUUUUUUAUUGUUCACAAGAUUGUGUUUAGCCAGUGUGUUGAAAUGCAUAAAAUUGUUUGUCUUAAUUUGAGCAUGGCAUAAUUUCAGUUUCAUUUGGAUUAUUGUUAUAGUUUGAAACAUUGUAUUCUUGUUUUUCACCUUGAAGAUUCAUAUUUAACUCAUUUAUGAGUGAUUAAAUCCACUAACACUGCUAACUCUGUAAGCCAGUUUUCACUGUCAAAUUCUGGCACAAAUUUGGUUUUUGAUACCAUAAACCACUCGAUAACAUGUCAAAACUCAUAAAAUCUUUUCAACAUUUUGCCAUGACUUAACCGUCUUAGUUACUGAAAAGUAAAUGACAAGGACAGUCAUGAUAAGCAUUUACUAUCAUCACAUCAGUACUUUCAAGGAAUUCCUGGAAUUGGCUAUGAUUCAAUCCCUUGGCUUUUAUGAAAUGUAUAGACUUGAUGGUGAUUUGCAUGAUG